GAUGCUCAAACCAUGGCGACACACCUUCGUCCCCUCCUUCCCUCAAAAUCUUUCUCUUUUCCUCUCCCCAAAUCCUUCUGCACCUCUUCCGCUCCAGACACCACCACCCAAACACCUUCUGGAAGAGCUCCGAAAUAUUCGGAUCCUCAUUCAGCAGAAACGGACCGAAACCGCCAAUAAACGACUCAAACUCCUGAUACCUCAUCAUUCGGUUUCGGAGCUCUUUACUGCCUUCUCGCAGUUGACUCCACCGCCGGAUAUCAAACCGGCUCUUUCCGACGCGCUUCUUACUGUUUACGCGAAGGCGAAGCUCCCAAACGAGGCCGCCGAGCUGUACAGUUUGGUUAAAAGAGACGGCGCUUUCACCUCGCUAUCGGCUUUCAAUGUGCUUCUCCAGUCUCUGGUGGAUUCGGAUCAAUUCGAUAGGACCCUCGGGAUUUUUGCGGAAGCCAUGGAUUGCGGUGUGUGGAUGGAUAAGUUCAGUUACGGGAAAGCGAUACAGUCCGCCGUGAAAUUGGGGGAUUUGGACAAGGGUUUUGAAUUGAUGAACUUGAUGAAGAAACGCGGGGUCGUGGCGAAUGGGUUUGUGUACAAUGUUCUGAUAGGUGGGUUGUGUAGGGAGAGGAGAGUGAAUGAUGCAGAGAAUCUGUUCGAUGAAAUGUCGCAGUUGAACAUAUCUCCGAAUAGAGUGGCGUACAAUAGUUUAAUUGAUGGGUAUUGUAAAGUAGGCGAUAUUGAGAAAGCUUUUGAUAUGAGAGAAAGGAUGAAAUGUGACAAAGUGGAGCCAAAUCUUAUGACAUAUAACACUUUGCUUGGGGGGCUUUGCAGAAUGGGGAGAAUGGGAGAGGCUGAGAUGAUUUUGGACGAUAUGCGUGCCCACGGCUUUGUGCCAGAUGGAUUUACUUAUAGUAUUCUCUUUGAUGGGCACUCUAGGAGUGGUGAUCUCGGGGCUUCAGUGGCGGUGUAUGAAGAUGCGGUGGAGAAAGGGUUCAAAAUGGAUGAGUACACGUGUAGCAUCUUGAUGAAUGGGUUGUGCGAGGGAGGGAGGAUGGAGAGAGCGGAGGAGUUCUUGAGCAAGUUGAAGGAGCACGGGGUUGUGAUCACUGUUGUGAUAUUGAACACCAUGAUCAAAGGCUAUUGCAAGGUGGGAAAUGUGGAUAAGGCAGUUUUGGCUGUUGAUGGCUUGGAGAGAGAAGGGGUGACGCCAAGCUGCAUAACGUAUAACACGAUGAUCAACCAUUUCUGUGAAUUGGGUCGGAUGGAGGAGGCACAUGAGUGGGUAGGAAGGAUGAAGGCGAAGGGUCUUUCCCCGGUUGUGCGGACGUUUAACAUCUUGAUAGAUGGAUAUGGCCGUGUUUGCCAGUUUGAAAAGUGUUUGCAGAUUCUUGAUGAAAUGGAAAGUGAUGGAUUGGAGCCUAACGUUGUCACCUAUGGAUCUCUGAUCAAUAGUUUCUGCAAGAAAGGGCGCAUUCUUGAAGCCGAAGUUAUGCUCAAAGACAUGCUUAAGAGAGGGAUUCUGCCCAAUGUUCAGAUAUACAAUAUGCUUAUCAGUGGCCAUUGUAUGGGAGGAAAUACUGAGAAUGCUUUUAAACUUUUUGAUGAGAUGUCGAGGAAUGGUGUAUCUCCCACCAUUGUGACGUAUAACGUGCUUAUAAAUGGGCUCUGCAAGAUAGGUAAGGCUCCAGAAGCAGAAGAAUUGGCCUUUACCAUUGCUAACAAUGGUUUGAGUUUGAUCCCUGAUGUCAUCACCUUCAAUUCCUUGAUCUCUGGUUUCUCGUAUGCUGGUAAUGCAGACAAGUGUUUGAAAUUGUUUGAGAGGAUGAAAGAAUCGGGCCUGAAGCCUACAUUGAGAACUUACUAUCCUUUGAUAAGCAUCCUGAAGAAGGAGAGGCUCGAUCUUGUUGAGAAGAUCGUUGCAGAAAUGUCCCAGUUGGAGCUGGCUCCUGAUCAGGUGGCCUACGAUGAAAUGACAUGAGAGAGUAAGUAUCCUAUUAGCUGACUGUUGGAAACCCUCAUGACAAGAUGACUUAUAAUAACUUGACUGGAGGAGGCUGGCAAAAUGGGAAUGGCCGAAUGGGUUUGUGCAGGGAGCGGGGGAUUUCUUUGAUGAAAUGGUUGGUGGAGUCUUGGUCCCAAGAAGGCUGAAACUUUUAGCGCGAUGGUUGAAUGCCAUUCCAAGCUCGAGGAUGUUGAUGGCGCUGUGCUUACUCGUGGGCUCUGAAAUGGGUGUAAAAUGGAGCUGGUUUGCAUUUAGGAUGAGAGUGUUUCAGCUAUGUAUUAGGAUGUGCAUUGUAUGUCAGCACAACAAAUAUAAAUAGAAUAGGAUUAGUCACAGUUGGCCAAGAAUUUUGUAAUGAGAUGCCUUGCCACUGGUGUUUCUUAAAUUUAGAGUUGAUGUGUUA